CGCGAACAAAACACCACCACUUCCCCUAUUCUAUCCUGCACGCAAUCCGACGUGCCAGCAAUGGAAACCUCACGCGACGCCCCGAAUCCGCUGCGGCCGUACUACAUCCCGCCCUCCAUCGGCCUCCCGCCCGAUACCUCGGCCGCCAAUUCGUCGUCCACCCCAUCGUCCUCAGCGCGAUAUUCCAAAUCGAGCCUGGGGAGCCAGGCGAGGAGCAUCCUAUCCGAUCUCGACUACGAUUCGUACCUCCCGGAUAGCUCGCCGGGAGUAGCGGACCAUGCAAAGAAGCUGCUAGACCACGCGUUAUGGAGCUAUACAUCAGUGCUGUUGGCGCAACCAUUCGAGGUAGCAAAGACGCUGCUGCAGGUGCACCAGGCAACGGGUCAGGCGCCGCCGGGGCUGCUGGUCAAUGGCGCGGAGCUCAGGAGUCGGCCAAAUUCCUUCGCGAGCGGGAAAUUUGAGGAUUAUCCCUCGGACGAAGAGUCGGAUGAGGAUUCGCCUGGAUACUUUACCAGCACGGCACCAAGGAGACAUGAGCAGCCCUUUUCGCCGGGAGGGGAGUCGUCACGGAGCCCUGAGAGGAGGAGAAGACAUGGACCUAGUCGAUCGAGAGAUUCGACGCCGACGCAGGCGCCUCCGCUUGCGCCGCGAAAACUAGAGCUCAGGAGGCCGGAUGCUUUGCUGGAGGUAAUAGCGCAGCUGUGGCAGAAAGAGUCGGCAUGGGGAGUCUGGAAAGGCACAAAUGUCACCUUCAUAUACAAUUUCCUACUCAAAACGACAGAGAGCUGGACACGAGGUCUGCUCUCGGCGCUCCUCAACGUGCCCGACCCGGGCCUCAUGAGCACCACUGCUAGUGGUAUCGGCGGCCUCGACAUAAUAGACAGCCCGUCGCCGUUCAUGUCCCUCGCCGUCGCGAUAGCCGCUACAGCAAUCGCUGCGACCGUCCUCGCACCCCUCGACCUAAUCCGCACCCGCCUCAUCGUAACGCCGACCUCGGCUCCCCCACGAACAAUAUACCCGUCGCUUUCACUCCUCCCCUCCUUCUCCAUCUCGCCGAGCCUCCUCCCCACAACGCUCCUCCACUCCACAAUCCCGACUCUUAUAUCAACGUCCACCCCGCUCGUUCUCCGCUCUACAUUCUCUAUCGACCCCAUUGUCACCCCGACCGCAUACUCGCUCUCUACCUUCCUGUCCUCAACCUGCGAACUCUUCAUUCGUCUCCCGCUUGAAACUGUACUGCGCCGCGGCCAAGUCGCUGUCCUGCAAGACCAUGAGAACCAGCGUCUUGCUUCGGAAUAUCGCCAUCUCCCUUCCCGCACUCCCAAGUCGCCUGUCUAUGGGAUGGAGAACGAAGACCCAGCUGUAAGGAGCUUUAAAACGAUUGUCGAGCCCGGCCCGUAUAGGGGUGUCUUUGGGACAAUGUGGUUUAUCGUGCGAGAGGAAGGAGUGUCAGUCGUGGGCCCUGGCGCUGCUAAAGCGACUGCCCAGCAGUCAGAAGGCCGUACAGCUGGCUUUUCAGCGCGGACGCGGAUACGUAAGGGACAGGGCAUUCACGGCCUAUGGAGGGGAUGGAGGGUAGGCUUCUGGGGCCUGGUGGGUGUCUGGGGCGUUGCUGCACUAGGAGGAGGUGGUGGCGAGUUCUAGACGGGCGCCCCUUUCUACGCUAGAUACGCUUCGGGCUCACGCUUUCCCAAAGUGUUGACUGUACAGUCUUCCCUUCUCCAUCUAUUUCCUCUUCCUUCCUUCUUGAUAUGAUAUCCGUACACGCUACUCUACUCCCUUCUCACUCGGUCUCGGAGAUCGCAAAGUUCUCCGGCAUGGGCAUUGGCUUUUCUGGUACUAGGCAGGGUUCACGAGCAAUGAUUCGAUGCUUGCAAGGGUCCGUUGGAUGUUUGUUGUAUCGAGUAAUGUGGUGUGGUAGAUAGAUACGUAUGUAUGUGUAUAUAGGAGGUAGACAUGAAUGUGAGUCCAUGUAU